UAUCCCGUGGGCUCGGGUGUUAGAAGGUAAGGGGGUCUCUGAGAGCUGGUCAGCAUUUAAACAGCUCUUCUUCCAAGUUUGAUUCCUAGUUGGUUAGCAGCAGUGACUACGCUUGGAAAUGUGCACAGUGCCACAGUAACUGAAGUCAUGGGAGGACACAGCUCCCUGCCUCCGUGCAAAUUAUUCUAAAGGCUUCCAUACAGAGGGAAAUUGAGGCAAGGCGUAAGGAGGAGGUUGGAGGUUAGACAAAUUUUUACUGGGAAUAUUUAAGUAGUGUAAUGAACCUAGAAGACAGCAUGAUAAACAGUGUCUGCACUGUGGGCAGCUAGGUCGUGCCUCAGACCUCUGCUGCUUUAGCAAGGGGAAGCUAAUCUGCAUGGGUAUGGCUGCACAAAAUUGAUGUACAUCUUUGUGAGAAGCUGGACUCCAGCACUGCUUCAUUCGGGCUGGCCUCCAGCUUGCCCCACAGCCCUGGAGGCCUGUCUCUCUUUCUCCAUCUGGCUGUAGAAGGAUAACGUGUGCUGUGGUUUUUCACAGUAUCAUAGUAGUUUGGCAGCUUUCCAGAAUGCUGUGCCUGCAGUGGGAUUGGCAGGAGCCUAAUUCACUCCAGUUGUCUUCAUCAUGACUGUGAUGCUGAACUUCCUUUCUCUGUCUCUGCAGGUCCCUUGCUACCAUGAUGAAACCUAGGAUGCAGAUGCUUCUGAUUCUGGCAGUUCUGUUUGUUCUUCUGUUCCACUUCCACUUCCUAACCUGCAGCAACAGUGCCUCCCUGGAAUUAAAAUCUUCUCCAGUUCACAUUCUCAUUCUCUCCUCCUGGCGGUCAGGAUCAUCCUUCACUGGCCAGCUUUUCAGCCAGCACCCCAGUGUCUUCUACCUGAUGGAGCCUGCAUGGCAUGUGUGGGUUACAAUGUACCAGAACAGUGCCAAAGUCUUGCACAUGGCGGUGCGGGACCUGGUCAGGUCAGUCUUUCUCUGUGAUAUGUCUGUUUUUGACGCCUACAUGUCUAGCCAGAAGAAAAAGUCUGAUUUAUUUCAGUGGGAGAAAAGCCGAGCCUUAUGCUCCCCUCCUGCCUGUGACUUCUUCAGUCGCAACGACAUAAUUGCUGCAGGAAACUGCAGAACUCUCUGUGGCAGAUACUCAUUCAGCAAGGUGGAAGAAGCCUGUAAAACCUACAGCCAUGUUGUCAUCAAGGAGGUUCGCUUCUUUGACCUGAAGGUCCUCUAUCCACUUCUCACCGAUCCAUCCCUGAACCUCAAAAUAAUUCACUUGGUCCGUGAUCCUCGGGCUGUGUUCAGGUCCCGAGAGAAUACAAUGGCAGAGCUGAAACGUGACAGUGACAUUGUUGUGGGGUCCCAGAAGACAAAGGGAGAACUGGGACCUUACAACACAAUGCAAGAAAUCUGUAAAAGCCAUGUUGAGAUUUACAAGGCAGGCAGCCAGGCUAUUCCCAGCUUUCUAAAGGAUCGUUACCUGCUAGUUCGUUAUGAAGACAUUGUCAGAGAUCCACUAGGAAAGGCUGCUCAGAUGUAUAGGUUUGCAGGACUCCAUUUCACACCAGAACUUCAGAAGUGGGUGCACAAUAUUACCCACGGGAAAGGAAAAGGAGAACAAGCAUUUGAUACUGGAUCCAGAGAUGCACUGAGUACAUCUGAGGCCUGGAGGAACACGUUUCCCUUUGAGAAAAUAGAAAAAGUGCAAAGUGUGUGCAAAGAUGCAAUGGACUUACUGGGGUACCGGCUAGUUCAGUCUGAAGAAGAACAGAAAGACAUGUCACUGGAUCUUUUGUUUGACCAGAACAAAUUCUGAAGGCAGCAAAGCUGCUCUCUGUACCUCCUCUCUGAAUGCUGCAUGGUGGAGAACUAUUUACUUGUGCUGAAGAGGGUAGAGGUACGUGGGUGGGUGUGUGAGGUCAAGUCGAGUAACACGGGAGUGCUGACAGCACUUACAACAGUUUCACCAGUAGCAGCACAGGGUAACUCUCGAAAGCUGCAACACAGGCUGGAAUAAUGCAAAUCUGUUAUCCAAAUUAAGUUUGGGGUGUAUGGAAAAGAGGAAGCAAACAGACUGCCAGAGGAGUGGAAUUGGGUGUCGGAGCUCAAACCCCUCCACAAGCCACAGCUAAGUACUGAAGAAACCAUGUGGAACAACUGCACUGCAAUGGAAGAGGAAAUACCAAUGGAAGCCAAAGAGGAAAUGCAAAUGGAAGCCAAAGGAAGUCAUGCUGCCACUUGGGAACAUGUAAUGCCAGAAGAGACACAAUAAGCAUACGGUGUUUUCUGGAAAGCUCUCCCUCCCUCCCCAACUCUAUUCCUGUGCCUGAGCCUUUAACAGUCAUGACAAUGUUGGCAAAAUGCCUGCAUUCAUUUGCCAUAUAGCGGGAAAAUGGAAUAAACAAGCUAUAGUUGUAAAUGAAAACUUCUAGGUCUGCACAUAGGGACCUAUUUCUGAGACGGGGUAAACCCACUGAUUUUUUUUCAGCUGAAAUAGUUGUAUCUUCUAGCCAGAAAGAGUUCUUGACCUGGGAGUUCUCACAGUUCAUGUGAGAAUGAGAAGAAUUCAUGCUAAUGCUAAGACUAUAAAGACAAGGUAGGAACACAGAUUCUAUUGAUAUGCGUAGUGAAACUGAAAGAUAAAUUUGUGGCAGUGUAUUAAAAAAAGCUGAGAACAAUAAAUUAUUAUAUUGUAUUAUUUAUUUGGUGAAAGUAUUUCCUGUCUUAGAGCACGUGCCAGGGACCUGAAGGCCCCUGACUAAAGAAUGAUCCUAGGAUGGAACAAAGUAUCCUGACAGUUUUAAGGGAACUGAUAUUUGUAUCUGUAGCUGCAAAUACACUGUUUUGUUGAGAGACCUGACCUUAGUAGCUGAUCUUGUUUUUGCAAAGACUCGUUUUGCAAGCAGGUGCUCCUCUUGGGCUCUGUGUCACACAUUGGCCUCGUGGAUACAGCGUGCAGUGGAACAAAGCCUGCAGACCCUGGGGAGAAUCAAAGUAGGAGAACAGCUGUGGUGGGAGAGAGGAAAAGUGUCCUUUGAAGGGGAUGCCCUGCUGGCAUGAUCCUUCUCUCUCCUUUUCAGCGGUUUGUCAUCUUUCAAGGGUUGGUGAGUAACAGUACUCUUGUUGAGGGAGGUUCUGCUUCCCACUUGUGGGGAUUACCUGAAAAUGGAUGCCUGUAUGUGUAUGAGUGUGUGUAUGUUGACUAAAACUCAUAACCUUCUGUUCUGCUCUGAGUGCAUGGUUUGCUUGCCUCUGCUCCUGAGCCAUCUUGUCUCUCAGAUCCAAGUGUACCCUAAAAAGAGCAUCAUAAAAUUGUUUCACAGAGUAUACUAUUCUCCACUAUCUCCUAUAUCAAUCAGAAAUGUCAUUCUUCCAUCUUCAAUGGGAAUAUUUAACCUGAAUGAUAGAAUUUUUAUCUAUUUAUAACAGCGCUUAGUAAGAAAAUGAGGAAGUCUUGUUACCAGACACAUGGAACGAAAUGCCCACAGAGCCCCUUCUGAGCAUCCCAUUUCAAGUGCAAAUUGCAGUGUCCCUUUAAUGUGGAUCCCCAGCUUAAUUAAUUUUUUUUUUUUCCAAAGUAUGAAGCAGAGAAAUUGAUGUCUACAAAUUCACUGAUAUACUAUCUCAAUUUGACUUCAGUUCCUUAAACCAACCGGCAAGCAACAGCUCAUUUAAAUUUAUUAAUUGGGCAAAUUUACUACUGUAAUCUAUACUGUUAACCAGAAAUAAACAAUCACAGACAGGUUACAAGCAUCUUAAUCUUGGGAGUAUGGAGAACUGUGAGCUCCUCCCAUGAUCUUCAAAAUGGCACACUGUUAACACCUUGCACAGGCAUCACAUGCAAGAUA